AUGUCUUACGUCCCAUACCCUGAGUAUUACCUCGACCUUCCGUCCGAUAGUAUUCGCUUACUACGUCUACUCCCAAAUGAAGACAAAAGGGCACCCAUUCAAUCCAAGCUCUUUACCUACUCUCUGCGGGAUUGGGGCAAACGAACGCAUCCAUAUGACGCUUUGUCCUACGUAUGGGGCAGUUGGGACAAUCCCCAGUCUAUCUCCAUCAGCGAACAGAACUUCGAAAACGAACAUGUCCUCCCAGUGACGAGAAAUCUUCACGAGGCGCUGUCACGUCUUCGACAUCGCUCUAUCGAUCGAAUUUUAUGGAUAGAUGCCAUUUGCAUCAACCAGAAAAACGAUAGAGAGAAAGAGCAACAGAUUCAAUUUAUGGCGAAAAUCUACGCUCAAGCAGACCGUGUUGUUGUUUGGCUUGGAGAGACGGCGGACGGUAGCGACCGAGCGCUCGAAGAGAUGCGCGUUGCCGGAGGCAAGAAGUCGACAGAUUCUUUCAACAGCGAAGCCAUUCCGCAAGCAGUUGUCGCGCUACUUCAACGACCGUGGUUUCAGCGCAUUUGGGUACUUCAGGAAGCUGCCGCAGCUCGACAUGUCCUGAUCAUGUGUGGAUCCGCAGAAAUUGAUGGAUACGCCUUCUGCUUGGGUGUAGAUUCAUUUUUGGAUUCCUACAAACUUCGUGCAGACUUACAGAGUGUGGCCCGUUCAGUCACCUACCUGAUAAGGGGAGCGAUUUUCAGACCUAAAUAUUCCAUGGGUAGAUUGAGUAGAUCUACCCUAGAUAUAUCCUCACUGGACGAGCUGAUGGAUAUGUACCAUGCCCGUCAGGCUACCAUGCGCCACGACAAAGUGUAUGCACUGUUGGGUAUGAGCUCUGAUGAUCUCAGCAACGCUGGUCUCUCACCCAGCUACGAAGUUCCAUGGGAGGAUCUCUUCCAGCGACUAGUCAAGUAUCUACUCUGUCAAAAAAUAUCUGUCGAGACUUGGUGCCAGACAGAGAUCGCAGUAGUCAGGAGCAAGGGCUGUGUUCUUGGUAAGGUAUCCUCAGUACAAAGCAACAUUGGUUCGGAAGACAGACAGGGUGUUGAUGUCAUGUUCAUGAAUAUAUGGGGGCAACCAAAAAACACAGAAGUGCAGAGCGAGCACUGGAAUCUCCACGCCUCGGCAAAAUCAAUCCAAAAUGGAGACAUCAUAUGUCUUCUUCAAGGAACUUCAAAGCCUUUGAUUAUCAGGUUGUGCAAAGAUCACUUCGACGUCGUCAUGAUUGCAUUCAGUCCUCCUGAGAAGAUUCCCGUGGGUGAUGGAUAUAUCGAGUGGCCAAAACUUCUGCAAUCGGAAACAAUCUUCACCCGCGAUUUCAUGCUUGUCUGGGACUGGAAUAUUUCACAUCCAAAAGAAUACGAAGCCUUGAUACAAACCAGCAAGGUGGCAUAUUCGGGACAGUGA